CAGCAGCAAAAAGCUGAGAAAAACCCAAAUGCCUUGCGAAAAGGAAAUGCAGAAUUCCUAUGAAUGUGUCAUUAAUGAAGAUGACUCUACUCAAGUUACACCAGAUAUAUUUAAGAUAAUACUGAGUGGAGAUGCAUCCAGCCUGCAAAACCUGAUUCGUAGAGACCCCUCCUGCCUCAGCAGCGUGGAUGCCUCCAGUUCAAGACCUAUUCACUAUGCCGCUUCAAGUGGUCAAAUACAAAUGAUUCAUCUGAUUGUAAAUGUAACAGGCCUUGCAGAAAUAAAUGCAAACGAUGAAAAGGGGAAUACUCCUCUACACUCAGCUGUGGAAAAGGAUCAGUUUGAGAGCUGCAAAACCUUAUUAGAAUUAGGUGCCGACCCAAACAUUCUGAAUUCUCUCUUGAUGUCACCAUUGCAUAUGGCUAUCAGCCUUAGACACAACCAAAUUAUUCAGCUUUUAGUGUCCCAAAACAAUACUGAUUUGAAUCUUGAAGGAGAUCUUGGGAACUCACCAGUGAUGUUAGCUUGCUCUAUUGACAAUCAUGACGCAUUAAGCACUUUGCUACUGUAUGGUGCGCGCCUAUGCAGUCAGAAUAAGUUGGGACACUUUGCUGUUCACGCAGCAGCUUUUGCGGGAUCAAAAAAAUGUUUGGAAAUAGUUCUUAAAAAAGGUGAAGAACUAGGCUAUUCAUUUGAACAUCACUUGAAUUUCACUGACAAGUCCUGUAGUAGCCCACUUCACUUAGCUGUUCAUGGUGGGAAUAUUGAAGUAAUAAAGUUUUGUAUAGACAAUGGAGCAAAAGUCGAUUUGCAACAGAAUGAUAAAUCUACAGCUCUUCAUUUUGCAUGUUCUCAAGGAGCUAUUGAUGUUGUCAAGCUGAUGCUUUCUUCAUGCAAACAGGAAGAUAAUGUGAUCAAUAUAAUUGAUGGCGGCCAUCAGACACCAUUGCAUAAGGCGGUGAUAUUUGAUCACAUUGAGCUGGUUCAGUAUUUAGUAUCAAAGGGAGCAGGAAUUGACAAUAUUGAUUGUGAAUGUCACACGCCACUACUCCUUGCAACAUCCUGUGGAGCCUGGAAGAGUGUUGAAUUUUUAGUUUUAAAAGGAGCAAACGUUAAAAAGAAAGAUUCUGCUGGGUGCAACUUCCUUCAUUUGGCCAUUCAACAGCCCAAAGGACUAAAGAAUCUUUCAGAUUCAAUAUUACAACGCAAGGAAGUCAUGGCUCUACUAGAUGACAAGGACAAUGAAGGGUGCAGUCCCCUCCACUAUGCCUGCAAACUUGGUGUCCCUGAUUCUGUAAACAACAUGCUGGGGUUAAAAGUGUCAAUCAGCCUAAAAUCAAAAGAUAAAAAAUCCCCUUUGCAUUUUGCAGCUGCGUUUGGAAGAAUUAAUACUUGUCAACGCUUAUUAGAAAGAAUGAAGGACACUAGACUUCUAAAUGAAGGGGAUGAAAAAGGAAUGACUCCUCUUCAUUUGGCAGCUCAGAAUGGACACACCAGAGUUGUUGAAAUACUCCUUAGAAAGGGUGCCUUAUUUCUUUGUGAUCAUAAAGGCUGGACUUGCUUCCAUUAUGCUGCAGAGGAAGGGUAUACUCAAACUAUGAAGAUACUUUUGGAAACAAAUAUCAAAUUAAUGGAUAAAGCAGAUGAAGAUGGGAACACAGCUCUUCAUUUAGCGGCACGAGAAGGACAUGCUGCUGCUGUGGCUUUAUUGCUGAACAAAGGUGCUGAAAUAAAUUUAAACAAAAGUGAAGGUUCCUUCCUUCAUGAAGCAAUAUAUAGGGGAAGAAAAGAAGUAGCGUUUGUUGCUAUUGGAAGUGAAAGAAGCCAUGAAACUCUUACCACUUAUAAGCCUGGCUCUGUGAAGAAGGUUCCUGUGCUAGACAUGAUCGAACACCUGCCAGAAGCUGCUAAAAUGCUUUUGGAUAAAGCUAUACAGGAAUCAGAUGAUGAUGUCAACAGUGAAAACUACCAUAUUAAUUAUAAUUUUAAGUACCUACAGUGCCCAUUGUCUUAUAAAAAACUUGCAGAAGAAGAUAAAAAAUACACAUAUCAUCCUCUUGCUGCAAUGAAUACAAUGGUCCGAUUCAAACGUGUAGAUCUAUUGACCCACCCUGUCUGUAAAAAAUAUUUGCAAAUGAAAUGGGUUGCCUAUGGUUUAAAAGCACACGUUCUUAAUCUGGUCAUAUACACAUUUGGCCUCCUGCCUCUUACUACACUUAUUGUAAAAAUGCGCCCAAAAACAAACUUCACUACUGAAGAUAACUUAAGAGUGAAUAAUGACCUAAAAGAUAAGGAAAACUACUUGCUGACUGUCUGUAUGAUUUUAGUUUUGAUCAUGAGUUUAUAUGCUGUUGGAAAGGAAAUUGUGCAAAUAUUUCAGCAGCGUUGCAGAUAUUUUUUUGACUAUUCUAAUGGACUGGACUGGGCUGCUGCUAUUACUUCUUUACUGUUUGUUCUUCCCAUGCUUUUCAAUGUCAAGGAUACGUGGCACUGGCAAUUUGGGGCUGUUGCAAUUUUUAUAUCCUGGCUAAAUUACCUGCUGUAUAUGCAAAGGUUUGAAAAUUUUGGGAUUUAUGUAGUCAUGUUUGGAGAAAUACUCCGCACUCUUAUUCGAAUUGUUUUAGUGUUCUUCUUUCUAAUACUCGCAUUUGCACUCUCCUUUUAUGCUUUAAUGAUUGAACAGAGAAAUUACAGAACCAUACCAGUCUCUGUAAUGCAGACAUUUGCUAUGAUGCUGGGUGAAAUAAGCUACCAAGACAAUUUCUUAGUGCCAUUCCUAAAUGGUAGAAUGGCUUUUCCACCACUUACAUUUAUUGCUUUAGUUUGGUUUCUUCUUUUGGUCCCAAUUCUUCUGAUGAACUUGCUGAUUGGUUUGGCCGUUGGAGAUAUUGCAGAGGUUCAGAGAAAUGCUUGUUUGAAAAGAAUUGCUAUGCAGGUUGACCUACAUACAAGUCUUGAGGAAAAGCUGCCUUACUGGUUUAUGCGCCGAGUGGACCAAGACAUUGUCACAGUCUAUCCCAACAAAGUUUGUGGUUCAAAGAUGCCAUUUUUCUUCAAUUUAAAUGCAGCGUCAGAUUUGCUGCCUAAACUAGAAUCAGGAGAUUGUGCAAGCCCUAUAGAAUUUGAAUUGAAAAAGCAGAAGUUCAGACUGAAAGACAUCUCAAACAUUUUACAAAAACAGCAUAAUCUUCUAAAACUUAUCAUUGAGAAAAUGGAAAUUGUGUCUGAAGCAGAUGAACAAGAUGAUCCCGACCUUUUCAGUUAUGGUAAUGUGAAGAGGCAGCAUUUACUCAACAAGAAGAGCAAAUGGGAUAGUGUAAUAAAAGCUGUACAUGCCAAAAAAGAAUAAAGUUCACUCCAUAUGGUAAAAUACGAAGGUUAUGAAUAUUAAUAUAUGUCUACUCUCUCUUUCAUUACCAAUUCUGUGUGAUAUAAAAUGGAGAAAACUCUCUUUUCAUUUUGUGGAAAUGAAUCAUGUUGAA